GUGUACUGUGCAGCUCACUGAGCUCAGUGUGUGAGGGGGCCGCAUCACGUGACGCGGGGGAGGGCGGGGAUUGGCCGGCCCCUGGCAGCGGCAGCAGCAGCAGCAGAGGCAGCAGCAGCAGAGGCGGUUGCGGCGGCAGCUCCCGGGUGACUCUCCCUCAGCACAGCCUCAGCAUCCUCUUCCUCCGUCCUGUGUGUGAUCGCCGCGGCCGGGCCACAGCUGCAUUCUGCGCCUCGCCUUCUGUGAGAUUGAGGAAUGAGAUUGUGCCACCAUGAUGGAAGGAUUGAAAAAACGUACAAGGAAAGCGUUUGGUAUACGGAAGAAAGAAAAAGACACUGAUUCCACGGGAUCACCAGACAGAGACACUGUCAGUAAGAAAGCAAACGGGGCACCAAAUGGAUUUUAUGCAGAGAUCGACUGGGAGCGAUAUAACUCUCCGGAGGUGGACGAGGAGGGAUACAGCAUCAGACCUGAGGAACCUGGCUCUACCAAAGCAAAGCACUUCUAUUCUUCGAGUGAAUCGGAGGAAGAACAAGAGGCACGCAAGAAGUUCAACAUCAGGAUAAAGCCUUUGCAGGCCAAAGACAGCUUGAAAAGUGCCGCCACGGUGGAUGAGCUGAAAGCAUCUAUAGGAAACAUUGCACUCUCCCCAUCUCCUGUGAGACGUAGCCCGGGCACAAUUAAAAGAAAAUUGUCAACCGAAGAGAUUGCGCGGCCGCGGCGUUCCACUCCGACUGCCGAGCUUGCGAGUAAGAAAGCUCCGGUCGAAUUAUUCGGUCCUCCUCUAGAAUCUGCCUUCGAAGGUCCAAAGUCUGAAGUUCCACUAGAUCAGUCGGAAAUAUGGGGGGCUGCUGAAAUAAGCCCCGAAGCUACGGAGUCGCCCAAGCUGUCUCGCCCAUUCCCAGCGGGAACACCUCCGCCCAUUCCACCAAAAAAUAUUCCGGCCACCCCACCCAGAACCGCUUCUCCAUUGCCAUCUGGACCAGAUCAAGGAGCAGUCGCUGGAGAUGAGCAGAGAGAAACGGAUACGAGAGACGAACAAGUUGCAUCAAUCCAUGAUUUGGACAGUAUAUUCGGCCCUGUAUUAUCCCCCAGAUCUGUAGCGGUUACGUCUGAGGACAAGUGGGUCAGGUUUUUGGAACCCUCUCCAGAACAAAUUUCCCCUCCCUCUCCCCCUCCUCCCACUCCCACAACAAAAGCGGAGUCUCCCCCGGCUGAAGAACCUGAAAGUCCCUGUGAACCACCUCCCCCUACGGUAACAUGUCGCAAUAUACCCUCCCCGCUCAAUCUGGAAGAGGUCCACAAGAAAAUGGCCGAACAAUCAUUCAUUAAAGAGGACAUAUUGGAGUCCGCAGCGUCUCCUAAAGAUGUUGGGCUUGGGCAAAGAGCUACACCUCCCCCACCUCCACCCCCUACUUACAGAACUGUGGUAUCCUCUCCAGGACCUAGCGGCAGUGCAAGUGGAACAUCAUCACCUGCUCGCCCAGCGACCCCUCUUGCCGCCUGCAGUACAACCCCACCCCCACCUCCUCCUCGUCCACCGUCGCGGCCCAAGCUACCUCCUGGAAAGCCAACAGUAACUGAUGUGUCCCGGCCAUUCAGCCCCCCCGUCCACUCGUCCAGCCCGCCUCCCAUCGCCCCUCUAGCCCGCGCUGAGAGCACCUCAUCCAUUUCCUCAGCGACCUCCCUGAGUGCGGCCACCACACCGACAGUUGAAGGUGACGCAUUUGCUGACAAACGGCCAUCGUUUGACAGGCGCGAGGCACCGGCAGAGAAUGAACAGCCUUCCCUCAUUUGGUUUGACAGAGGAAAGUUUUAUUUGACUUUUGAAGGAUCUUCCAGAGGACCGAGCCCGCUGACCAUGGGGGCCCAGGAUACCUUACCGGUGGCAGCUGCCUUCACCGAGACGGUCAACGCGUACUUCAAGGGGGCCGAUCCCAACAAGUGCAUAGUGAAGGUCACCGGAGAAAUGGUUUUGUCCUUCCCGGCAGGAAUCACGCGGCAUUUCUCCAACAACCCGGCGCCAGCCGCUCUGACAUUCCGCAUCACCAAUUACAGCCGGUUAGAACACGUUCUGCCAAACCCACAGCUCCUCUGCUGUGAUAAUACGCAGCCAACCCCCAACGCAAAGGAGUUCUGGGUGAACAUGCCAAAUCUGAUGACGCAUCUGAAGAAAGUGUCUGAGCAGAAGCCGCAAGCUACGUACUACAACGUGGACAUGCUGAAAUAUCAGGUAUCAUCCCAGGGCCUUCAGUCUACUCCUCUGAACCUUGCCGUGAACUGGAGGUGCGACCCCACCAGCACCGACCUCCGGAUAGACUACAAGUAUAACCCGGAGUCCAUGACCACACUAGUUGCCCUAAACAAUGUCCAGUUUGUUAUCCCAAUAGAUGGGGGAGUAACAAAACUUCAGGCUGUGCUGCCCCCUGCUGUCUGGAAUGCAGAACAACAGAGGAUAUUAUGGAAAAUUCCUGAUAUUUCUCAGAAAUCUGAAAACGGAGGUGUCGGCUCUUUGCUUGCGAGGUUCCAGCUGUCGGAAGGACCCAGCAAGCCAGCACCCUUAGCAGUUCAGUUCACUAGUGAGGGGACCACAUUGUCCGGGUGCGACAUCGAAUUGGUAGGAGGCGGAUACAGGUUCUCACUUAUUAAAAAGAGGUUUGCUGCAGGGAAAUAUCUGGCUGACGCCUAAUGGAUGAUUAUGCCGGAGGAUCAAUGUUCUGCAAAGAGGUUUUAAUUUUAAGCUAAUGAACACGAACUCUACUCUGAACUUUGGAAAUUUCUGCUGGAAGUUGCAUCAACCGCUGUUCCGAGCAUUUUCUGCAGAAGCCUUCGUGUUCCCCCAUCCUGCAGUAUUUAUAUCUAGGUGUAACAUUGUUGAUGGUUUUAAAAUGUAAUUAUCGUAUUUGUAAAUUGUACUUAAUUCAGUAAGGCUGUAUUUUGGCAGUUAGACUCUCGUUUCAACAUUUUACCAUUGAUAAAUGGAUGUAAUUUAAACAGUUAUAUAUAUAUAUAUAUAUAUAUAUAUAUAUAUAUAUAUAUAUAUAUAUAUAUAUAUAAAAAAAAGAAUUUAGUAGUUACUGGUGAAUGGCACAUUGCUUAUGGCGAUAGAUUUUUGUGUAUAUAUAGACCCAAAUCUAUAAUAUCAGUAGCUGUCAUAGGGGGUGCCUCGGAUUUACACAGUGUCUUCAAUCCUUCUCUAUGCACAUGACAACAAUCUUCAAACAUGCAAACCGUUUGGACAUGACCUUUGCAUGAUGUCAGAAGGGGGUCACGGGGGGGAGGGGGAUAAAAGGUUUGUGAAAUAAAUCAAUAAAGCUUUCAAAUACAAAAAAAAAAACAAAGAAAAUAAAACAGGGCGGUCAAAGCGCUUGUGUUUGUUUUGUGAACCCAAAUCUUUAUUAAUACCAGCAGCAAUGCAUUGUGGGCCAAAUAUCGGAAUUGAUAAAGUGCACCUUUUUACCUGUACCCCAGGGGUGACUGCCAUUUUGAGGUGCUGAAUCCAUAAUCGUGAGCUUAUCCAUACACCAGUAACACAAAAUGGCCGUCAUCACAGGCCAACCCUCUUUGUGGGCAGUAGUACCGUAAUUAAUAUUUGCAGUGAUAUAAAGUAAUUCUCUUCAAAAACUUACAGAAGGGCGACAUCAUUACAAAUCAAGAUGUGUAAUAUAUAUGAUAUAUUUCUAAUGAAAUAAAUUGCGUUGUUUAGUGAUAUUGCAUUUUACCCAACAAAUAGUUAAAGUGUCACCACCCUGUUGGGGCAGCCAUUUUGUUGUGGGCUGAUCCAUGUAGACUACAAUGCAGUAUGUCAUCCGUUCGGCACUGCUACUGGCAUCCAGACCUUGUUUCCUGGUUCAUCCCACAAAAUGGCUGCCUUCGCCACGUAUAGGCAACUGGUACACUUUAAUAAAUUUUACUUGGAAAGAGCAAUAAAGAAGCUAAAAAUGCGUUUUCCUCUUAAUGUGAAUUAAAUCGAAUGCAUUAAAUCUGAUUUUAUUUUAAA